AAACGUUUGAUUUCCCCUUUUACCGCGACAGUGUUGCCAAGUCAGACACUCAACUUAAGAGUUAGAUCUGUAUAAAAUGUAUUAUGGUUUAUUACAUUGGCAGAAUACUAAUAACUUUGCAUAAGUUCUCGUUUCAGUUGAGCAGUGUCCAAUAAUCAAGUGCUGAAAGAAAUCUUUGUCGAAGAAAUGUAUGUAGUUAUCGAUUACACCCUGUAUAUUGACCUACAAAAUGGAGUUUUUUCUCUAUAUACUGUAGCAUCCAUGGCUCAGGAUGUUAUGUGCCCGACAGUUAUGUCAACGAUACAAUAACCUCACUUUCUUUCAACAUUUUUCUUAAAGCUAAAAUAGAAGAAAUACGGCCCCAAUCUGCUGAAUCAACUAGAAAAGUUAAAUCGAAAAAGGAACUAAGCUGGUCAUUACUCUACAAGAACCAUAUUAGCAACGUAAUUUAAUUAAGUUCUUCAAAAAUGCUUUUUAUUAGAACUUUAACAAGAUCAAUAUGUACAGGAAAUCGAAACUUUGCUGCAGAAAAAUCUCUGCUUGCGGCAUUGAGAAAAAAGACAGGUUAUACCUUUGCUAACUGCAAAAAGGCGCUGGAGAUGCAUGACAAUGAUUUGAACCAAGCUGAAUUAUGGUUAAAAGCGCAAGCACAAUCUUUGGGUUGGUCGAAAGCAACAAAAUUGGAAGGUAGACAUACCGCACAAGGUCUUAUUGGUGUUGCAAUAAACCAAUCAAACGGUGUUAUGGUGGAAGUUAACUGUGAAACAGAUUUUGUGGCAAGAAACAAGGAAUUCCAGAAUAUGGUUGAAGAUGCUACAAAGUGCUGUCUCAGGUUCAUUGAAACUCAGCAAAAGCCACAGGAUGAUGUGGCAAAAUUCAACCUAAAUACUGAGCAAUUAAAGGCAUUGCAUUUUGAAAGUGAUGGAAAGAGCUUGGCAGAUAAGUUAGUGUUAAUGAUAGGGACAGUUGGUGAGAAUGCAACCUUGAAACAAGGUGUAGGUCUUAAAACAUCUGAAGGCAUACAUUUAGUAGGAUAUGCUCACCCUGCAGGUCAUGUAGAAAAUGGGCUACAACUUGGGAAGCUUGGAGGACUAUUAGCAUACAAAUGCCACGGACAAGACAGUGAUCACACAGACGUAGCCAAAGGUAUCUGUCAACACAUUGUGGGUAUGAAACCUACUAAAGUUGGCACUGCUGAUGAUAAACCAGCUCCUAAUAAGGAUGAAGAAACUUGUUUGAUUCAUCAAGAAUAUUUAUUGGAUGAUAGUGUUACUGUGAAGGAAUUGUUAGAGGAGCAUCAGUUGGAAAUUGUGGAAUUCAGGAGGUUGGAAUGUGGUGAGACUGUUAGCAGUGUGAGCAACCAGCCUUUAGAAUUCGUCGAGACCUGUCAGUAAUGACCGUUGUUAUGUUGUAUUUAUUUUUAUCAUUAAAGAUAUAGGUACUGAAAUUACAGAA